GCGCGCGGCGCGGCGCGGCUUCCCCGGCAGCGGCCAGCUCCCUGCCCUUCCCGCGGGCACAGCUGUGGGGCGGACUGAAGCUGAGGCUCGAGUGGCGGGAGUAAGAGGAGGGAGUGCGGAGCCUGAUUUCAGGGCAGUGGGAGCUGGUGGAGGACCUUCGUGGAGGACUGGAGGUGGCGGGACCCCGCGAGGCCGCGAUGAAGCCAAGUCGCGAGGACGAGGCGGAGCCCGCCGGGGGCCCCUGGGAGGAGUGCUUUGAAGUGGCGGUGCAGCUCGCGCUGCGGGCGGGACAGAUCAUCAGAAAAGCCCUUUCUGAGGAAAAGCGUGUCUCAACAAAAACAUCAGCUGCAGAUCUUGUCACAGAAACGGAUCACCUUGUGGAAGAUUUAAUUAUUUCUGAGCUGCAGAAGAAGUUUCCUUCGCACAGGUUCAUUGCGGAAGAGGCUGCAGCUGCCGGGGCCAAGUGCGUGCUCACCUUAAGUCCCACCUGGAUCGUCGACCCCAUUGAUGGCACUUGCAACUUUGUGCACAGAUUUCCAACCGUGGCAGUAAGCAUUGGAUUUGCUGUAAACCAAGAGCUUGAAUUUGGAGUGAUUUACCACUGCACAGAGGAGCGGCUAUACACUGGCCGGAGAGGCCGGGGCGCCUUCUGCAAUGGCCAGCGGCUCCAGGUCUCCGGGGAGACAGAUCUUUCAAAGGCCUUGGUUCUAACAGAAAUCGGUCCCAAACGUGACCCUGCUACUCUGAAACUGUUCCUGAGCAACAUGGAGAGGUUACUCCACGCCAAAGCUCAUGGGGUCCGAGUAAUUGGGAGCUCCACCUUGGCACUCUGCCAUCUGGCCUCGGGGGCCGCAGAUGCCUAUUACCAAUUUGGACUGCACUGCUGGGACCUGGCCGCCGCCACCGUCAUCAUCAGAGAAGCAGGGGGCAUCGUGAUGGACACCUCAGGCGGACCUCUCGACCUCAUGUCUUGCAGAGUGGUUGCUGCAGGCACCCGAGAAAUGGCGACACUCAUAGCUCAGGCCUUACAAACAAUUAACUAUGGGCGGGAUGAUGAGAAGUGAAAGGGAGCAGAGGACAAAGAGAAAUGCCACCCAAGGACUGGUUCUUCCUUGGAAUGCUGAAGCUGGCAGCUGAUCCCCUGAGGAAGAAGUUGCCUUGAGCAGCCUGCACUUGUGUCAAGUGUCUCCUGCAUUCCUAACCGCCCCAAAGGGAGGUGUUCUGCUAAAGUAUGUGGCUCCCUGGUUAAAUCCACGUCUUUCACUGGGAUUUGGUGUUUAGUUGGUUUCUCUCUUAAAUCUCACAUAGCUUUUUCCAGUUUAGCACAGGUUCUUCUAUCAGAGCCAAAACCCAAAUCUUACGACAUACAUAUUGAUAAUUCAGUCUCAAUUUUUUUUCCAGAAUGCGAAUCUCAGGUAAUAAGGCUUUAGAACUGCUGAUAAAGCGGACUUGUUCUCAGGCCCUUCCCCAUGGUACUUCAGAAUGUAAUAAAUCAAAAUAAUGGUGCUUGGCUUAUCUGUUUCCCUCCAUAAGUGUGUCGCCUGUUUCCCCAAACAACACACAAAAUCCACAGCUGUAGAUGCAUUUAAGACUCUAAUGAUGACUAUUAGGAGGAUAAUACCUAGAGACAGAAGUAUUUUCUUUAGCCAGGGCCCCCAUCAACCAAACCAGUUAGUAUCAAAUAAAUCAAAGAAUGCACCUGAUGAGGUAUCAAUCUGUUUUAGCCAAGUAGCUUGUUCAUUGAUUUCUUAUAUUUGAGUUUCUACAGUACUAGAGCUGAUCCAGGGAAACUCCUCUUUGUUCAGCCAACAAGUCAUCUAAAGCAUUUCUAUGAUAUAAAACCACCUUAGCAAGAGAGCCUAGGGACUUUUGUUGUACAGCUGUGGCCUUAGCAAUAGACCCAGCAAUGGUUGCGAGAGUUAAGGAUAAGAUUCUAAUAACAUAUUCAUUUGUACUAACUCUAAGCCAAGGAAGAACCUCCAGACAGCGCCCAUCCAGAGGGGUUAGCAUUCUGCUGGUAAACUUCUCUUUGGUUGAUAGUAUAAAUUCAAAGGAGUGGACCCAUGCUGAGUUUCUGAGGCAUUAUGAAGAGACAACAAAUGGAAUAGUAAAUAUAGCAAGAGUGCAUUGUCCUUUUAUCCUGCAGCUUUCAAGACAAUGAGUUGCUGAAGCAUAGAGAUCAUUGCCAAAACCUCCACAUAUAAAGGAGUAGCCAGGGAAUGUAUAUAUGGCUCCUUCGUAAGUAUUAGCAUUGAUGGACCCAUAGGUUUUAGCAUCAUUCGGCGAAGACUCAAAUAUUGUAUUGUCACAUGUUGAAAGACCACCUAAAUAUAUGGACCUGACAACAAGCCUACAGAUGGUCUGUCUGAUUUACACUGGCUCUGCAGUGCCUUUUAUAUAUAUAUUCAGUAAAUCUCAUUUUCCCAGGGUUGUGUUAAAUUGAGACAAGGAACAGAGGGUAUUGGGAUUUAGAAUUGUAACUUUAUAAAAGGGACCUGUGGAACAAUUUAGGCAUACAGUUUUUGGGAUUCCAGUGAAAUUACUUAUAGGGUGAAUAAAGUGUCUUUCCCUUCA